AUGGGGAACACAUUAUAUAGUAAUAUAGGACAAAAUACAACAGAACCAGAUGAUAUAUAUUGUAAAUAUUUGAAUAACUUAUACAACAUAUACAAUUAUUUGUUAAAAUAUGAGCAUUUCUAUUUUAUGAAUUCCUAUACCCUGAAUUCCUUUUGCCAUGUGCUUGAGGGAAUUAAUAAUAAUGAGGGUCAUGUACUAAUCAAAAUUUGUAAAUUAAAAGGAGAAACACAAAAAAUAAAAAGAAUAUUAUAUACACUCAAGUUCCUUUUUUCAUUUGAUCUAUUCCCGAAUGUGCUUCCAUAUAACCGAAUGAGCGUCUACGAAAAUAAUAUUUAUAUUUAUAGAAAAUUCAUAUUCAAAAGUUUAGAUAACUAUUUAUUGAACGAACAAAAUAAUUAUAGUUUUUGUUACUUUUAUAUAUUUCAAGCAUUAUUAUCAAUAAUACAACUACAUUCGUUGGGUAUUUAUCAUGGUCACAUAAAAAGCGAAAACUUUUUAAUACAAAAUAAUAUGCAUAUCCUUAUAACGGAUAUAGAUAUAUUGAAUAAAUACAUUUAUUAUAUUCCAAAAAUAAGAUAUGGAAACGAACGAAAGGAGAAAAUAAAUAAAAUGCAAGAAGAUAUAUUCAACUUGGGAAUAUUAAUUUUAGAAAUUUUACUAAAAAAUAAAAAUAUUUCUUAUUUAUUUCAUGAUGAAAGCUAUGAUGACAAUAAUGAUAAUUUUUAUUCAGAAAAAAGAAAGCAAACAAAACUAUAUAUGAUGGAAAAUAAAAAGAUAAAAAAAUAUCCAAAUUUUGAUAAUAAUAUUAUUAGCAUAUCAAAAAAAAAAAAUAGCGAAAAUUUUUUUCAUGCUUUAUCCUUGCCGUUCAUAAAUAAAAAAAUUAUAAAUGAAGAAGAAGAUUAUUUUCAAAAAAAUAAAAAUUUGAGAAUGAAUAUAGACAAAUAUAAAUAUUAUAAUUAUCAUUAUAUUAAUCAUAUUAAUUAUAUUAACAUAUACAAUGAUAUAUAUAACAAUGGUUCAUCUUACGAAUUUAUGAAUACAGGGAGUGAAAAUUUGAAUAGCCAAAAUGUGAUUAAAAAUAAAGCAAUAAUAAAUGAAAACAAUAAUACAAAAAAAAAAAAAAAUAGAAACAAGAAUAAUACUUAUAAUAAUAAUAAUGUUGACAUAAGUAGUGACACUGGAUUUGACGAUAAAAUUAUUCACGCUUAUAGUGAUUAUGAAUUAUUUAACGAUUAUAAAGAAACAAAAAAUAAGCAUUCCACAAAUAAUCUCAAUUUAUACACACAGUCUGAUAUUUAUACAAAUACAGCAUAUACCUUAAUUGACAACUACAAAGAUAUUGGAAAUAUUCGAAGUCAGGAAAAACAUAAAUACGGAAAAUCUGAAAGAAAAAAGUCCAUAAGUAAUAGAAGAUUAAAUUAUUUUAAUAUGAACAAAGGUGAAGAAAGUAAUGAGAGUCAAAAUAGUUGCAACAGUAAUAUUUUAUGUAAUAAUAAAAUUAAAAAUGAUGCAUAUAACAAAACUACAAGUUGUGUUUUGAGUAGUAGUGAAGGUAGCGAUUCGAAUGUUAGAAGAAAAGAAAAAAGUGCUCCAUAUAAAAUAUGGAAAGUAGUGAGUUUAGUUAAAAAUCCGUUUGUUAUUUAUUCAUUAAUUAAUCAUUUUUUUUUAGAAAAAAAUAAAAAUAUAUUUAAAAUAUUUAACUAUUGGUCUUAUCAUAUUUUUCCGAGUACAUAUAAAUAUGUAUUUUUCCCCCUGUGUAUACUUCAAUUCCAUCAAAUCUUUAGAAAACCCGAAUUUUUUAUUUUACUAAUACAUUUUAACUUGCCAUUUAUAUUAUUUCAUUUUGAUAUUUUUUCAAAAAAAGAAAAAGACAAAUACGCUUUAAUAAAAAGGGCUCCAAAUAUUUAUAAAAAAAAACAAAAUGAAAAAAAAAAUUAUAGCUAUUUCAAUACCAAUUGUCAAACACGCCAUAAUAGUAAUCGAAUCCCAAGAUUAAGUUUAGGAAAAUAUCAGAAAAAAAAAAAAAAAAAUAUAAACACAAUUGCUUACUACAUAAAUGUUGUUAAAAAACAUACAACCAAUAUUAAUAAACAUCAAAUGCGAACUUACAUCAAUGAUACAAAUCUAAAUAGUAAAGUAAAGGCACAAAUACUGGAACAAUGGAAAGUUUAUAAAAAACAAAAAAAAAUGGAAAAAGAAAACGAAAGAAAAUCAAUGGAUAGAGAAAAGAAAAAUAAACAAACUAAAUUAAAAAAUUGUAAAAAAUUGUAUCAUUGUAAAUCUUAUUUCCCUUUUCCAAUAUUAUCCUAUAAUAAUACCCAUGAUUUUUAUAAAUUGUUUUUACAAUUUUACAAAAAUGUUUAUUCCUCUAUAUUUUAUGAAGAAAAAAGUUAUAUGGAUGUUUUCAAAUUUCUUGAAAUAUACAAAAGAUAUAUUUAUUUGUCUCUAUUUAGAGACUUUUAUUUUAAAAACACAAAUAUUAGUAAUACUCGUAUUGAUAAAAUUAUUAAUCGGAAUAUUAAAAAAAAAUAUUCCACAGAAAUUUCUAAUACUUUUAACGAACAUAACUACAAAUGGAACUACAGCGAAGAUAUACAUCAACUAAUAAAUAUUUUAAUAUGUUCUUAUAACUUUAUUAUGUAUGAUUCUCUUAAAAUUCUAAUAUUCGAGAUAAUACAACUAAUAAUAUGUCAUAUAAAAAAUGAAAAAUUGGAAAAAGAAUUAAUACCGUUUUUAUUUUAUUGUUUUAAAAAGACAAAUGAUGAAAAUAUUAAAGUUGUUAUAAUAAAAUGUAUUUAUAUUAUAAUAAAUAAUGGAAAUAAAUGUGAAUAUUUUUAUAUGUACAUUGAUAAAUUUUUACCUAACUUUUUCAUCCUCAAAAAUACAAUACAAAAUUAUCAAAAAUAUAUACAUGCGAAAUAUUUACCUCUUUUUUCAACAAUAACAAUUCAGUAUAUAUAUAAUUCUUGUUUAUUAAAACACAUGGAAAAAAUGUCAUUAAGAAAUAGAGAAAGAAAACAUAUCUCAAAAAAUAAUAUACAAGAUACGAACAGUCUUGACGAAAGUUUUUAUUUUACAAAUAAUCAAACAAGUGAUACAUGUAGUACUAUAGGCAUUUAUGACACAAUGAGCGAUAAUAAUAGCAUUUUAACUGAAUCUGCAUAUAUGGCAAUACUAAAAGAUAUGCGAAAUAAAUUUAUAUCCACUUUAAAUGAAACAAAUGAUUUUAUUUUAUUUGAAUUUUAUCAAAAUAUAGUUAUUUUUUGUACAAUUAUGAACAAAAAAUGGGUUAAAGUUUAUAUAUUACCAUACAUGCUAAAAAACUAUUAUAAAAUAAAAAAUAUUUUUAUCAAAGCUAUUUGUAUUAAAACAAUUGUUAAAAUUGUCUUUUAUAUCAAUGAAAAAGGCCCAUUUGAAAUUCUUUCAGAAUAUAUUAAAUCAAUAAUUUUAGACCAAAACAAUGAAUUAGUUUUAAAAAUUUUGUUAUAUGAAUUUCUUUUUAUAUUAAAAAAAAAUUAUAAAAAGUGGUCAACAUGUACUACUUCUAAAACACAAUAUAAUAUUAUAAUUAUGAAUUCUCAAAAACAAAAAAACAUGAAAAAAAAAAAAAAAAAAAAAAUAUUAUUCCACUUUUAUUUUUCAAAAAAAUCAAUUUCACUCCCCUUUUAA